AUGCCUGCAGUAGUUCCCAGCAACUUCAACUAUGUCUGCGCACUUUUAGGCGGAUUCAUCCUGGUGUUUGGGCAGCUGUCCUAUGUCAUCAGAGACAGGCUUUAUGUCUCAGAAGCUCUCCCGUCUUUACUAUUUGGCAUGGUAUUCAAGACAGCCAAUCUUAUUCGACCGUCCGACUAUGGCUCAGUGACUGAGAUCACGCGAGAAUUUGCUAGACUAGUGCUAGGCCUACAGCUUAUGAUAGCGGGAGCGCUUCUGCCUAUGAAAUACGUUCGCAAAGAAUGGCUUAGUAUAUUCAUGCUUCUGGUGCCUGUAAUGACCACUAUGUGGAUUGUCUCGGGACUCAUCAUCUAUCUAUGCAUUCCAGGUUUACGCUUUCUCGACGCUCUCAUUAUGGCUGCAUGCGUAACUCCCACCGAUCCAGUAUUGAGCAACUCCAUUAUCAAGGGCAAAUUCGCGGAGGAGAACCUCUCGGAUUCUCUCCGGAGCAUUAUCUCCGCCGAAUCAGGAGCAAACGAUGGAUUUGGUUACCCGUUUUUGUUUUUGGCACUGUACAUUUACCACGACAAGGGAACGCAGAUCGCACGCGACUGGAUCGUAGAAACUGUCAUCUACCAGAUUAUCCUUUCAGUCGUAUACGGCGCGGUGUUGGGAUAUGCAGCUAUGAAGAUAUUGCAAUUCUCGGUCAAGAGGAAGUGGAUUGAUGAAGAGUCGUUUUUUGUUUUCAUUUUCGCCCUUGGUAUCUUCAUUAUCGGUACCGCUGGUCUACUUGGUACGGACGACAUUCUGGCUUGUUUCGUCGCCGGAAAUUUCCUUAACUGGGAUGACUGGUUCCAGUCAGAAACGAAGAACAAUAAUAUUCAGGACUUUUCAACUCCAGAGAUUCCCGUGUGGAGAUAUAUCGUUAUGGGCAUCGCAGUCAUGCUAUUCCGUCGGCUGCCUGCUGUCGUGUUGUCAUACAAAUUUAUCCCACGAAUCGAGAAUGUCAAAGAAGCUGUGUUCUCUGGAUUUUUCGGGCCAAUCGGUGUUGGCGCUAUUUUCUAUUUGCAUGUCUGCCUUGAAACAAUGGAAGCGUACGGAGAAUCGGAGACCACGAAAUAUGUUAUGAAAGCUAUCUCUCCAGUGAUCUACUUCUUGAUGGUAACCAGCGUCGUCGUGCACGGUCUUUCUAUUCCUAUAGUUGAGGUAUGUACUUUCUUAAUUGUUCGCAACGGUGACCAUUCACUGACAACUCAAUGUAUAGUUUACCCCUCUGUUAUACUCGAAAGCGUUCGGACCGAAUGCAAUGUUUUGGAGAUCAGAGACGAAGGGUCUCUCUAA